GGCAGUACUCGAGCGGCGGGCGCGAGCGGCGGCACGCGGGAGACAGAGUGGUGACGGGCAGAGCGAGCAGAGCGUGCGGACGGCGGCCGACCGGUGACAGGAAGUGCUCGACGAGUCGGACGGCUGCGGCGGCAAGUUCUCCGUGGUGGUCGUCUCCAAGCAGUUUGAGGGCAAGCCACUGCUGGCGCGCCACAGGCUCGUCAACUCACUACUGAGCGAAGAGCUGAAGGAGAUCCACGCGUUCUCGCAGAAGACACUGACGCCGGAUCAGUGGGAGCAGCAGCGGCAGCUGCAGGAGAAGCAGUAGGUAGCAGCAGCGGCAGCGGCAGCAGUGCCAUGGCGGACGCCAGGAAGCCGGUGCUGCACGUCUCGGCGCCGGGCAAGAUCAUCCUGUUCGGCGAACACUCCGUCGUGUACAAACGGCUGGCGAUCGCCGUGUCGGUGGGCCUGCGCACCAAACUGAACCUCUACCAGACGGACGGCGAGGUCAGCCUGGAUCUGCCCGACAUCGGCCUGCGGCGCAGCUGGCCCGUCGCCCAGGUACGCGCCUGGAUGGCCGAGCUGGUGCAGAACGACUGGCGCGUGCCUACCUCGCCGAGCCGCGAACUGAAGCAGCGCCUGCUGCAGGCCGUGCACCGCCACGUGCCCGACCUGAGCCAGCAGCACGCGCUGGCUCUCGUCUCCUUCUUCUACCUGUACUGCAGCCUGUGCCCCAGCUUCCCGGGCGUGCACGUGGAGGUGCGCUCGGAGCUGCCGACCGGCGCCGGCCUGGGCAGCUCGGCCGCGUACGGCGUGAGCCUGGUCACGGCGCUGCUCUACCGCUACCACCAGGUGGCGCCGUCGGCGCACGAGCGGCUCACGCUGCACACGGGCGAGGAGGUGCGCCCGGACGCCGUCACGCGCGAGCUCAUCUCCGGCUGGGCGUACACCAGCGACCAGAUCAUCCACGGCGACGCCAGCGGCAUCGACAACGCCAUCUGCGCGCACGGCGGCGCGCUGACCUUCCGUGCCAGCGAGAUUCGGCCGCUGCAGGAUACUCAGCUGAUUCAGGUGCUCCUGGUGGACACGCACGUGCCGCGCGACACGCGCGCCCUGGUGCAGCGCGUGCGUGAGCGGCGCGCCGACGACCGCUUCGCCGGCGUGAUCGAGCCCGUGCUGUGCGCCAUGGACGCGCUGGCCGAGUCGGCGCGCGACGCGCUCACCGUCGGCGACGAGCCGGCGCUGGAGCGGCUGGUGCAGAUGAACCAGGGCCUGCUCAGCACACUGGGCGUGUCGCACCCGGCGCUCGACGCCAUCUGUCUGGUGGCCGCCCGCCACGGCCUGACGGCCAAGCUGACGGGCGCCGGCGGCGGCGGCUUCGCCAUCGUGAUGCUGCCGCUCGACACGCCGGACAAGAAGAAGGUUCAGAUACAGGAGGAUCUGGAGAAGCUCGGCUACGGCGUCCGCAGCGUCGAGGUGGGCGGCCGGGGUGUCGUCGUGCAGAACCUGACGGCAUGACAACCUGACUUGGGCCGGCAUAGGUCGUCGCUGUAACUUAUUCCAUGUAUUUAUUCGGUCGCAGGUUGUCCCCACCCGAGAUGCGCCUCUGUUUCCUGCUGUCCGAUGCUUUAUAUGGGUGCAGAAUACAUUAUAGUUUAUCCGAA